CUCCUCCUCCCUCCUCAAGCUUCACAAUGCCGCCGAAGGUCGCUGCCAAGGAGCCCGCCAAGGAAGUCUCGCUCGGCCCGCAGGUCGGCGAGGGCGAGCUGGUGUUCGGCGUCGCCCACAUCUUUGCCUCGUUCAACGACACCUUCGUCCACGUCACUGACCUGUCGGGCAAGGAGACCAUCUCGCGUGUCACUGGCGGCAUGAAGGUCAAGGCCGACCGCGACGAGUCGUCGCCGUACGCCGCCAUGCUUGCUGCCCAGGACUGCGCCGUGCGGUGCAAGGAGGUCGGCAUCACGGCCCUGCACAUCAAGCUGCGCGCCACCGGCGGCACCUCGACCAAGACGCCCGGCCCGGGCGCCCAGUCGGCCCUCCGCGCCCUCGCGCGUGCCGGCAUGCGCAUUGGCCGCAUCGAGGACGUGACGCCCGUGCCGACGGACAGCACGCGCCGCAAGGGCGGUCGCCGUGGUCGUCGUCUGUGAUUUGGCGUACUACCGCCAAGCCACAGAACAGAAGCAGCGUCCAGCCUCCGUCACACCCCUUCCUCGCGAGUGCGCACCCACUGUGUUGCGAUCAUCCUCUACCCAAAAUUACAUCCUCGCCGGACGAGUUGGCUCUACUCUCUGCACCAGAGACGACCCCAGAUUCUCCACCCACACCCACUUCGCACACUCGCACCCCCAGGCUGCCCACGUCGUUGCUUCGCCAUCACUCGCACAGCUGUUGCUCCUUUCGCAGCACUUGCAAUCCUACGCGCAUCGCACACA